AUGGAGCAAAAGAAAGGUGACGACAUCUUAUGUGCCAAACUCCAUUUGGUGGACCUAGCUGGUUCUGAGCGAGUGAAACGAACUGGUGCGGAUGGCUUGCGUUUAAAAGAAGGAAUUCAUAUCAACAAGGGUUUAUUAGCGCUUGGAAAUGUAAUAAGUGCACUGGGAGAUGAAAAAAAGCGAAAAGAAGGAGGGCAUGUGCCAUAUCGUGAUAGCAAGUUAACGCGCCUACUUCAGGAUUCUCUGGGAGGAAACAGCAAAACUGUGAUGAUAGCAUGUGUUAGUCCAGCUGAUACAAAUGCUGAAGAGACAUUGAACACUUUAAAAUACGCAAAUCGUGCUCGUAACAUUCAUAACAAGGCAAUUAUUAAUCGAGAUCCAGUGGCAACUCAGGUACAGACAAUGCGGAAUCAGAUUGAGCAAUUACAAGCUGAGCUUCUAUUUUAUAGAGGUGAUACCGGUGGACCAAUCGAGGAGCUUCAGAUUCUUAAACGCAAAAUAUCCUUACUUGAAGCAAGUAAUGCAGAGCUACAGCAUGAGCUUAAAAGACGCCACGUGAAUUGCGAGAGUUUAGCGCAACGUGCUCUUGACGCCCAGGUUGAGAAAGACCAACUGGUUUUGAAAAUAGAAUCAAUUCGAAAUGGUAAAUCAUGGGAUGAGAUCGACCCAAAUUCAAAUCAGGAUUAUGUCCUACUGAAAUCUUAUGUGUCAAAGAUCCAAGAUUUGGAAGGAGAAUUGCUACGAUUGAAAACUUCAAAUGCCACGAAUUCAAGUCGUUUUAUUGAUUGUGUUGAUUCCGAUGAUGAUGGAUAUGGAUCAAAACAUGCUUUAUUCGUACCUGAUGAAAUGGAGGAGGAUGAAAAGGAGCUAGAACACUCGUCUCUUAAAGAAAAUUUGGAUAACGAGCUCAAAGAAUUGGAUAAAAAACUUGAACAAAAGGAGGCUGAAAUGAAGCUAUACAGUAAUGCUGAUGCUUCAGUUCUUAGGCAUCAUUAUGAAAAGAAACUUAUUGAGAUGGAACAAGAGAAGAAAGUUUUGCAGAAAGAAAUUGAGGAACUCAAAUGCAAUCUUGCGGAUAUUUCAUCCACCUCUGAUGACGGUGCUCAAAAAUUGAAGCAGGAUUAUCUUCAAAAGUUGAAUGCUCUUGAAGCCGAGGUAUCUGAGUUGAAAAAGAAGCAAGAUGCUCAAGCUCAACUCAUGAAACAAAAACAGAAGACUGACGAGUUUGCAAAAGGACUUCAGGAUGAGAUCCACAGAAUUAAAGCACAAAAGGUUCAUCUUCAAAAUAAGAUAAAGCAGGAAUCAGAACAAUUUAGGUUAUGGAAAGUUUCGCGUGAAAAAGAAGUUCUCCAGCUUAAGAAAGAGGGGAGAAGGAAUGAAUAUGAGAUGCAUAAGUUGUUAGCGUUGAACCAGAGGCAAAAGAUGGUAUUGCAAAGGAAGACAGAAGAAGCUUCCUUGGCCACGAAAAGGCUGAAAGAACUUCUGGAAUCUCGAAGAGCUUCCGCGCGUGAAACGAUUGGUAAUGGAGGUGGGAAUGGCCCUGGAGUUCAGGCUUUGAUGAAGGCAAUUGAUCAUGAGAUUGAAGUCAAUGUCCGAGUGCAUGAAGUUCGUUCAGAAUGUGAAGGUCAAAAGGAAGUGAGGGCCAAAAUGGCUGAGGAGAUUAUUAGGUUAAAGGAAGAAGCACGAAGAGAGAAUCAAAACAGUACAAGUGAUUGUCCCACAGCAAUGUCUCCUGUUGCAAGAAAUUCUAGGAUUUUUGCCCUUCAAAACAUGCUUUCGACUUCUUCCUCAACUCUAGUGUCUAUGUUAUCCCAGUUGUCGGAGGCAGAAGAGCAGGAACGAAUUUUCAGUGGAAAAGGGCGUUGGAACCAAGUUCGGUCCCUUGCUGAUGCCAAGAAUUUGAUGACUUAUUUGUUCAAUAUUGCAUCUUCGUCCAGGUGUUCAUUACGAGAUAAAGAAGUGAUUUGCAGAGAGAAGGAAACGGAAAUAAGGGAUCUAAAAGAAAAAGUAGUGGCGCUAAGCUACUCACUUCGACAGUCGGAAAAGAUAAAAGAUGAAUUGACUCAAAAGUCGACUUUGCAGAUUGAAGCUUUGAAAAGAUUCUCCGAAUAUGGGGUAGAUUCAGAGGAUUCUGACUUGAAUGUUGGAGAUCAUAAGUAUGACCUGGGCAAGUCGGAUUACCGCCGGUCAACCCUUCUAUUGGAGGACAUGGAUAUAUCUGAAACAGAAUCAGAUGAUUAUGAUUUUACCGAUGACGAUUGGGAAGAAUCAGGAAAAUUAAGGGUUAGAAAAAGGAAAUCUAAAACAGACAUGGAAAAUAAUCAAUCCAAUAUAAACAAUUCAGAAGAUUUCAAAGAAAAUUCAGGAGAUGUACUUGAUACACCUGAGGAAAGUGCAUCAGAUAUUUGCUGUUCUUGUAGCAAAACCUCAUUAUGCAAGACAACAAAAUGCAUCUGCAGAACUCUGGGCAGCAGUUGUGGGAGUUCCUGUUGUUGCGGAGUAACCAAGUGUGCGAACAAAGAAUCGAUAUCAAAUGAACCACUGGAAGAGCCAACGCAGUCUGCAAGUAUUGAAGAAACGGAUGAAGAUCGUCUUCUUGUUACUCAAGGUGCAGAGUUACUUCAGGGAGCACUGGUUGAAAUGCAUCCCGUAACCUACAGUGACCAAGGGCACAGAAAACCUUUCUCUGACAUAGGAAAUAUACAGAUCAAACCCAAUGACAAGAACGAUAAUCCGAAAAAGAAGUUGACGACAUGCACCGUAAUUAUUGUUCCAGAUUUGCCUCCUUCGCAGCCAGAGAAUAUGGAAGUCCAAGUCCCCAAACUCAAAUUUAAACUCAGAAAAGAAAAUAAUAACACGAGUGAAUCAAAUGCUGCUGCGAAUAAAGAUAGACUACCACAUAGAAGGUCCAAAUCCAGGCCUGAAAACGCUGCCACAGCCCCUAGGGCAGAGGGUAACUUUGUGGAACCAGAUGUACCCGUGAAAAUACGAAAGACUGGUCGAAGGUCAUCGUCAUCCAAUAGUCAUGGCGUGCCAUUGUGGGAUAGGAAUGCUGCUGGAAAAUCAGAUGAACCUGAAGCUUUUGAAACAAGGAGUGCAGUACGAUACAAAAGAACACUAGACGAGAAAGAGAACAGCAAUAGACGCUGA